CAAGUCACUCUCUUUGCGACUCUUCCUAUCAUACCUUUGUCAAGUCAUGUUCACGGCUGCGGUGACAGCCUUCGGGGCUCAAGUCACUCUACUGGCCUCUCCCUCGCCUUCAUUGCCAGCUAUCGCGCAAACAACCCUGGUUCACGCAGUACGCCGAGAUUACNCCCCUGAAAUCUUGACAAACGCUCAAACUUGUGGUUACACAAGUGGAGCGUGGUCCUCUGCGGUGACUUGCUCACCGCAGCAUUCUUGCACGUAUUACUCGAGCCCUUAUUCAGCUCCGAACUUUGGUUGCUGUGACUCCAAUGGCCAGGGUUGCGGGUAUGUAUCAACUUGUCUGGACUACAGAGCAAAAGGAAACUACAACACAUUUAAUGGAGUGGCAAUAGCAAGCGAAAGCUUUCUCUGUGGCUCAGCUCUUCCAUACUGCUCAACGCUUCUGCUCUAUGGCACAACGUGGGCGCCUGGAUCCACCUACUCUUUCUACUACUAUAGCUGUCAAGCCACAAGUGCUCCAGCGGUCAUUGCAUACCAGACAACCUUCAACGCAAGAGAUGAGACCUCCAGCUCGAUAAUUACCUCGUCAUCAUCAACAGCAACAACAAGUUCUUCAUCCACAUCUACCACUUCCUCGAGCAUAUCGAGUACGUCGAGCACUGUGAGCAGUGCACAAACUUUAUCUGCAAGCUCUUCGCAAUCAACUCAGAUGAUGCCACCGAAUGCAUCGCCUUCGACCAAAGCAGAUGUCAUAUCGUCCUCGCCUCACAGUGCGUCUUCGAGUACUGCCAGCUCACCGACAACCUCAACCAACCAAGCGUCCACCAACAGCCUUUCUCAAACUUCCCAAAUCGGCAUUGCAGUCGGUGUGAGCAUUGGCGUUUGUAUGCUCCUUGCCUCCUUCGCGUUCUGGUUCAUGCGUCACCGCAAAGCGAGAGCAGACAAACAAUGGCUUGAUCAACCUUCUCAAACCUUUGCUACGUAUCUUCAUCAUGAGGGUAGUACUAAAGCAGUACAUCCAUUUGACUAUAGAUCUGGCUCUUUCCGUACCGAACUAUCAGGGAAAUCGGCCAGUGAGGGCGAAGCACCUUACGAGCUGGCUUCUACAGGCAGGUCGCACGAGCUUGCCGCUGGCAACCAC